AUGCCAAAAUCUGAAAGAGUAAAAAACAGUAAAAGAAAAUCUGAAAAUUACCUUGGUUCAGCAAACAAUUCCAGUAAAGAGAAUAUUAAUAUAUCUGAACUUGUAAAAAAAUUCGAAUCAAUGGAAGAUAAACAUAAAUGGAUAUUAUGCUCAGGCCAAUUCAUGGAGAAUAUUCUAUUUUCAUAUGCAAGUAAAAUUGAUGACUCCGAGCUUCUUUCACAUUCAUUUGUCGUUGACAUUGAUGAUCCUAAGAUGAAGGAAAUUUUUACAGAAGAAGAAUUUAAUGAAAUAAAAAGUACAAAUGUAAAAUCUGAUCCAGAGAUUAGUGAAAUGUUUAAGGCUGAAUUAAACAAUCUGUGUAAGUCUACUACUAUAGAAAUUUGGGACGCAUUGAAUAAGUUGCAUAAAAAAAUUAACACUUCAAAUGAAGCUGACAAGUUUUUGCUGGAUACGCUCUAUUAUGCAGUUCAUACUUUAGUCCAUCAAUAUGAACGAGAACCAAAUCCAUUUACGUUGGACCAUCAUGAAAAUUGGUAUAAUACAAAUUUAUGGGCUCCUAUUAUCAACAGAUGCUUUGACAAUGUUAAAAAUUUAGAAAUCAUAAGAGGCGAAGCUUGUUUGUUUGCUAGUUCUGAACAUAAAAAUAGUUCUCAACAAAAUAGUGAACAUGGCACAAAAUGGUUGGCAGAAUCAGGGUUAAAACUACCAAAAUCAUUAAGAGAUAUGUUAGUAGAAUUAAACAAGCAAGUGAUUGAUAUUUCAGAGAAAAUUGAAAUGGUUGGCUUUGUUAAAGGGGGAUAUAUCUGCCGACUUACACAAAGUGUUGUUUAUGAAAUCCCAGUUGAUAUCAUCAACUUUCAUAAAGCACUUGAUUUGAUUGGUGCAGUAUGGAUUGCAAAAUUAAAGAUUUUAAGGACCAUUAAGUUAACUCAGCAGCCCAAAACAAACUUGGAUAUAGUAAUAAGAAGGAAAGAAGAACAGGGAGCAAAAUCAUUAUUAGAUUCAAUGACUUCACCAAUUCAUAAAUGA